CGUCUCCUCUCCAAAGUCUUCUUUCCGAUCCCCAAAUCCUGCUGAUUACCUAGCAUCUGGCCAAAUCAUAGGUUAGGUCAUAACACAUCAUCAAAGUGUUGACGCUGCAGGCUAGGCAGGCUGAUCAGGUCAUCGUCGUCGAUCUUCCUCGAAGCUCGCGAGCGCAAGAUCUCAUCGGUCUCUGCUCACCGGCCGCCUGCUUCUACAGGAUUAGUUGAUUACUUCGCUUCCACCGCGGUACUGGAGUGUGGUAUUCAUUGCGAAUGGAUGGCAAAAUUAGUAUCAGAUACAAGGUUGACCUGGAGCGCAUGCUGCUUAAUGGAAGUGCACAGCCAACACACAUGCAGUUAUCGCUUUUAGAAGAUAUCACAGACUGUUUCUCCGAUGAUCAGCAAAUUGGUAGCGGUGGGUUUGCGGUGGUUUAUAAGGGAAUAGUGGGAAAACGAAUGGUUGCUAUGAAGAAGUUGUCCCAAACACUUGAUAUGCAUGAGAAUAAAUUUCACAAAGAGGUUGAGUGCUUGAUGAAGGCCAAGCACAAGAAUAUAGUGCGGUUCCUAGGAUAUUGUUCUGACACGCAAGGGAGGAUUGCGGAUUAUGAGGGUAAGUUUGUGAUGGCAGAUCUGCGGAACUGGUUACUAUGUUUCGAGUAUGUACCAAAUGAAAGUCUCGAUAAGUAUAUUACAGAUGCAUCUGGUGGUCUUGAAUGGGGUGAGCGCUACCAGAUAAUCAAGGGAAUAUGUGAAGGAAAUUGCACUGAAAGGAGAUUUGGGACUUCUUGACAUGCUGGUAGAAAUUGCCGUCAAAUGUCUUGACGAUGAUGUGGUUCUAAGACCGUCAAUGGUAGAUGUUGCAAAGCGCCUUUCUAUACUGGAUCGAUCCCUUAAAUCGGGGGGAUGCUAGGACAAAUAGUCGCCAGUAUGACAUGAGACGAUCCCAUAGCGAUGAAUGAUCCCGUAGGACAAAUAGUCCUAGUAGUCGUCAUUAGGUGGUUCACGGACAUGGUUGUAAUUUUUGUUACCUUAGUUGUUCUUUAUACUGCCAUGAUUGAAGAUGAAUAGAUUGAAAGUUUCUCGCAAAAAAAUAAAACAUGAUGCGUAAUUCAGACUGUAUCUCGUACUCAAUAGUCAAUAUAUAUUAUUACAAAUAUAUACAUAAAGAAAUACAAACCCUGUUUAGAAAAGUAGUAGACAUCUUCUAUUGUUGGCCUCUCUGUAUUCACUCGCUGACAGUUUGGUAUAAUCCUUUU